AUCCCGUGAUGUUCUCGCAGUCUUAGCUUAGCAUCGGAAUGACUACUGAGUCUUUCUCGAGUUACCCAAACUAACCCUGCUCGUUUCUAUUUGUUCUUCUCGUGUCAGUCGCGCCUCGCCGGGAGCCGCCAUCAUGAGUUCAGCGGCGAGGACGUGGAUGAAGUGUCCCUCCGGACCCGACGGGAUGCCGCCGCUCGGCUAGCCUCUCCGGAGCCUCCAGGUCAGACUGCAGCGCUACCCCGGCUAGCAGCCUCUUUUUAAUGCGGCCGACCGAUUAGGUUCAGCUGCUCGAAACGCUGAACUAUGGCGGGGUUGGUGUUGGAGCGACUGUCAGAUUUCGGGGACUAUUCUGGACAUGAGGAGCUGACUGACGUCCUGAACGUGACGGACAGCCUGGGGAACGUUCGCCUGAGCCCGAAAGCAAGGCACAUCCAUAUCAUCCUCCGCAAGCCUGAUGUCGGUCUUGUGACUUUUGACAAGUAUGAAAGAACACAUCUGGCUCAGCAGCAGAAGAGGCUGGAGCUGCGGCUGGCAGGGUCAGUGCCUGUGGUGGACGUUUUGUACCUGGACUAUCAUAACAACAACAACAACAAUAACAACAACAGCAGGGGGGCUGCUGUCGUCGCAGUGGUGUUUGAGAAUGGAAAAGCCGAGUUUUGGAAAUUCCAGGAGUGUAAAGCUGGCUGGCAUCUCCUGCAAUCAUCAGAUUUAUGCAACAGCCCCCGAGCCAGAGUGGUGUCUGUUUGUGUUUGCAGUAAUCUGAUCAUCUGGUGUGAGGAGCGGCCGCCCUCAGAGAGCUCCACCAGGAACAAGCUGACAUACUGUAUUUGCAGACGUGAUUUUGAGGUGGAGGAGGGGGCUGUCAUCCUGGGUGGGGUGAAGAUCGCCCUCCACAACAACCCCAAAUUCACUGUCAUCGCCUCCGGUGAAUAUGUCCACCUUCUGCCUGACUUGAAAGCGAAGCCGCUGUCGAGCAUCUCCAAGUUCUUCCUCUCCUGGUCCUCUCGCCAAGACUCCUUCACAGUCAGCUCCACGUGUAAAAACACACCCCUGAAAAGGUUUUCAGCCAAAGAGUCUGACUUCAAGAAGCUGGUGACGGAUUGUUUAGGAUAUUUAUCAGCUCUGGAUCCUCCUGAGAUCUACAGCUUUGCUCCGACAGCCUGCGGAGGCCUGCUCCUCUUCCUCAGCACAGGCUGGCUCUGUCUGCUGCAGAAAGAUGGGAUUUUGCGACACAUAUACAAACUGGACGACAAUUAUUUGGUGAAAUAUGGAGCUCACACCAGCCUGUGUUUGUAUGGGGACAUGUUGGCUUUUCUGACGGGACAAAAUCUGCAUAUAAUAGACUUGAACUGUGGCAGGGAGCUGGAAAAGACGGCGUUGAAGAGAGAAGGAUUGUUAUAUCCAAACCAAGCUGAAAAGUGGAUGCCUUACCUGCUCUCAGAAACUGGACUUUAUGUUUUAGUCAACAAGGAGACGGACUUUAAAGACUUCAGCCCAAAGAUGAGAGCGUCUGGUCUCGGUGCAGCCGAAGGCGUUCACCCUGGAGCCCUGCUGGUAGAGGCCGUCUUUGAAGAGGCUUGUGCUUACUACCAGCAGCGGAGUCUGAGCAGCACACAGCUCACAGUGGAAACACUGAAGAAGGGAGGCCGGUUCCAGGCGCCCAUCUCUUUAGCCUCCAUCCUGAGGGGCUACCUCAACACACGGCUGAGGCAGAGAGGAGGAGAACUGCCCCGGAACGGUGAAGCGGGAUUUAUUUUGGGGCAAGAGAAGCUCAUGCUCUCCCUGGAGCCUGAACUCAAAGUUCUUGUUUCUCUGGAGGAGAUGAAGGGGAGAUUACUGAGGGGGAGUGACAAAGAGGUGGAGGUGAUGUGUGAGAACCUGGUAGAGAAAGAAGUGGAAAGGCUUCUGUCUUCCUCUGAGCUGGAUAAAGGCGCUCUGCUCUACCUCAACUCCAUCUUCAGCCUGUUCCCCUCCGAAGCGUGGAGCGCAACACAGGCUGCUCUCCAGCUGCAUUCCAACGGAGAUGGCCGUCUGAGCAGCAAUGCCCCCCCAGACUUAUGGAAGACCGUCCUCAGUACUGCCUCCAGCCCCUCGGCCUUCACAAAUGGCGGCCCGAAACACAAUCACAGCUUUAAAAGUGAUCACAUCUCCAACUGUAAGACCAAACCCUCGGGCCACACUCCCUCAGCUGCCCUGCCGGUGUUCGAGCUCCUCUGCCAGUCGGUUUUUCGCUUCCAGCCAACCUGGCUUCCGGGAUUCCUGGAACUGGCCCAGCAGCAGCAGGGCUCGGCAGGCCUGGGCCUGAGCCUGGCCACAUCUUCAUGGAGCUUUUCCAGCGGACGGGGAGGGGAACGCGUGGAGAGCAACGUGCCGCUCUACAAGCGAGCGCUUUGCACCUUGUCCAGCUUGAACCCGGACAGAGAGCAGCAGCAGGACUUGGAGGUGGAGCUGCUGCUGGUCAGCGGGCGGCCCAACGCCGUCCUGCAGGCGCUGAGGAUACUCAUGAGCAAGCGGCAGUGGGAACGAGCCACCCGGGUGGCCCACAAGUUCUGUAAACAGAGCCCGCUGCUCAACAAGGAGAUCUUCACAACCCUGCUGUGUGAGGUGGCUCAGCACAGAGACCUGGACCCCUACCUCAACCUGCUGUGGGACCUUUGCCCGGAGGACUUCACCGUCACCACCAUCCUCAACCUGGUGCUGAAAAACCUGCCCUCUCCCACCUCCUCCUCCUCCUCCUCCUCCUCCUCCUCCUCCUGUGGAGACCCUUCGCCUCCCGCUCCGUUCUCUGACUCACACAGCAGCCAGCUGACCGUCGGCCUGCUGAAGCCCCUGCUCAGGAAAGUCCUCCAGAGGGAGACCAAACCGAGCCAGCGCUACGUCGACAUCCUGCAGUCGCCCUCGUUCCCUCCUCCGGCCCUCCCGCGCCAGCCGCUGGAUCAGCGCGGCGCCGCUUCAGAACACGCCGCGGACCCGGCUCCGUGCAGCAGCACCGCUGCUCUCACACAAACCCCCGAGCAGCACACACACACAAACAUACAAACAGCCGGGGUGGCUCUACCUGCAAACCAGGUCUGAGUUUUAUAACCAUGAGCCAAAUUUUCUCUUAUCUGACCAAAGUCUUCUCCGACAAUCAUCAUAAAACAGAAUGACAUCAGUGUUUCCAGUGCGAUGCAGCUAAUUGUCAUGCCACUGGAAUUCUUAGUUGUGUUAUGACUACUAAUGAUAAUGAAAUGACUACUGAGGAUCCUACUAGUGUAAAUACUGAAGGUGGUUUUAGGUCUUACUGUGUAAAUAGUGUAUAUGUGAUCUUAUUUAUCCUUUAGGCCUUAAUUGCAUGUGAACGUGCUUGUUCCUUAACAAUACCAACAUAUGAUCAAAAGUAUGAAUAUAUUGUGUUAACACAAGCGCUCGGACACGGUCUGUGGCCUUAAUGCUGCCUUUUCUAAUUGAGCUGCCUUUCAUUUGCUGGAGUGUGUUCAUGCAGUGUUCACUUUGUUGUGUGUUUCCAGACACACUGGCCUUUGUGUUUGAAUGUUUGCUUUAAGUGAGGUAUGUUUUUGGAUGAGGAGGAGGAAGUUGGUUCAUCUCUCUCUAACUUUUACUUUCACAUUUGAAUACAGUGAAUCAGCGCAGCACUGGAUACUAAUCUGGUUUUAUUUACCUCCUCCUCGCUCCCACUGUAAACCAAAAGUAAAAGCGGUCGGCCUGCCUGGCUUUUUGCUUCUUUUUUCCUCUCCUCCUCGGCUCCGUCUUGUCCUUUCAGCUCGACUCACAAGACAUUCCUAACAGAGUAAUCAGUAAGAGUGACUCACAGUGCGACUUUUAAUUCGGUUUGCUCUGUAAUUCUGUUAGGACUUAAGUGUGUAGGACAUAUGACCAAGGCAGCCCUCCUGCUGCAUUCCUCGUACGUCCUUCUUCAUGGACCCGACGAGGGUAAUGCUGUUAGAGAUGAUAGGCUCUCUCUUCUCUGGCUCCUGCACUUUAGUAUCCCACCAGUCAGUAUUCUGUGUCCCGUUUCUUGAAAUCAUCAUUAGCCGUUUAUUCUUUACAGGACUUGAGAGACUUCAGCAAAGUUCACUCAAGACGCUGCAUGUUGUGGUCCUAAGAAAUUCAGAGACGUAUUUCAGUGUUCAGUGACAGUCGCCUUCAAACGGUGCCGAAUGCUCCGAGUGCCUUUCACAGCGCCGCUUCAAUUUGCAGCACAGUGGCACAUUUCUGCCGUGCCUCUUUUGCUUCAUUUGUAUUCUGGGGAG